AAAAAAAAAUUGAAAUAAUGAAAAGAAAAAUGAUAUGCGGGGCCUUCCGUAGAAACUCCCGCCUGAUACCAACUCGUACAUGGGUAGGAUCACACGCAGAUAACACAGGUAUUUUAUGUACAGGAUGGAAUGGAUUCGGUGUUAGACCUGUGAUCCAGUUCAUGGGCCUUCCUGAUAUUCCAUCCAGAAAGGGGGAUCGAACUCUACUUCCCCUAGCUUCUUUUCUUCUUCUUUUCUUUUCUUCCCCUUCAGUUAAAAAAAAAGUCGUUCAUAUUCUCAGGCUACCCCGACCUUGAUUC